CAUCGAGAACUAUAAAGUCACGUUUGACUGGUUUGACAGUAUCACAGCAGUGCACAGUGAUUUGAUUGUCUCAGGAGAGAAGAGGAACGAAUUAAGUUUGAAAAUAAUUUUAAGAAUAAAUUUCUAAUAAUGGCACCAAAAAUAUCAAAGGAUUAUACGGAGGUGAAAGAACAACUGAAAACUUUUUUAACGGAGUUUAUAGUAAUGGAUAGUACAACUGGUGAAAAAAAUUUCAAAUAUAAGAAACAACUGAUUAAUAUAGCACACCGUGACCAAAUAGAACUUACAAUAGAUUUAGACGAUGUUCAUGAAUUUGAUGAUGAACUAGCAGAAUCUAUUACACAAAAUACUCGAAGAUACAUUAAUUUACUUUUAGAACUUAUUCAAGAGAUGUUACCUGAUCUCACUACAAGACCUGUACCACCAAAAGAUGCAUUAGAUGUGUAUAUUGAACAUAGACUGUUGAUGGAAAGCCGUAAUAAACACCUUGGUGAAUCACGUGAUGCAAGAAAUAAAUAUGCACCAGAACUUAUGAGACGCUUUGAAGUGUACUUCAAAGACUUUGAUGCAGCAAAGACUUAUGCAGUGAGAGAUAUUAAAGCAGAUAAAAUAGGAAAAUUAGUUACAGUACGGGGUAUAGUAACACGAUCUAGUGACGUAAUGCCAUUGCUUGUUGUUGCUACAUAUACAUGUGAUCAAUGUGGUGCUGAAACAUUUCAACCAGUACAAUCUCUUAAAUAUAUGCCACUACGAACAUGUCCCAGUGAUGAUUGUCGUAUAAAUAAAUCUGGUGGUGUACUGGAUAUGCAAACAAGAGGAUCAAAAUUUGUGAAAUUUCAAGAAAUAAAAAUACAAGAACAUAGUGAUCAGGUUCCUGUCGGUCAUAUUCCAAGAGCUUUAACAAUAUAUUGUAGAGGUGAAACAACAAGAAACUGUUUACCUGGGGAUCAUGUACUUAUAACGGGUAUUUUUUUGCCAAUCAUAAAGUCCGGUUUUAGUGCUAGAGCUGGUGCAGCUCUCUUGAAUGAAACAUAUAUAGAUGCACAUAAAAUCGUUUGUCUUACUAAUAUGCAAAGCGCUGAUGAUAGUAAUGCUGAACUGACUGAUGAAGAAUUGUCUUUACUAAUGGAAGAUGAUUUUUAUGGGAAAUUGGCUCGUUCGAUAGCUCCAGAAAUUUAUGGGCUUGAAGAUGUUAAGAAAGCAUUGUUGUUACUUCUCGUUGGUGGAACAGAUAAACAUAGAGAAGAUAUUAAAAUUAGAGGUAACAUUAACGUUUGUUUAAUGGGUGAUCCAGGAGUUGCCAAAUCUCAGUUGCUUUCAUUUAUAACAAGGAUGGCUCCUCGAUCUCAAUACACGACUGGUAGAGGUUCUUCAGGAGUUGGUUUAACUGCUUCAGUUAUGAAAGAUCCUCUAACUGGCCAAAUGAUGCUCGAAGGAGGAGCUUUGGUAUUAGCCGAUGAAGGUGUCUGCUGCAUCGAUGAAUUUGAUAAAAUGGCAGAUUCAGAUCGCACAGCUAUUCACGAAGUAAUGGAACAACAAACAAUAUCUAUUGCAAAAGCAGGAAUUACGACACGUUUAAAUGCAAGAGUUUCAAUAUUAGCUGCGGCAAAUCCUGCAUAUGGCAGAUACAAUCCAAAGAGAACGGUUGAACAAAAUAUUCAGCUACCUGCUGCUUUAUUAUCGCGGUUUGAUAUAUUGUGGUUAAUUCAGGAUCGAGCAGACCGUAGUAAUGAUCUGAAAUUGGCUCAACACAUAACUUAUGUUCAUCAACAUUGUAUUCAACCACCUAUGGAAUCACACGUGUUGGAUAUGAAUUUAAUUAGAAAAUAUAUUAUUUUGUGUAGAACGAAACAGCCUGUUGUUCCAGAAGAUUUAACAGACUAUAUAGUUGAAUCUUACGUGGAAAUGAGAAGGGCGGCUCGUAAUAGUCAGGACAAUACAUUCACGUCUGCACGAAAUUUACUAGCAUUAUUACGUUUGUCAACUGCAUUAGCGCGUCUAAGAUUAUCAAAUGUUGUUGAAAAAGCAGAUGUUUUGGAGGCAAAUAGAUUAAUCGAGAUGUCGAAAUAUUCUAUUAACUAUUCUGAAACACUGUCGACAAAUGUGCACCAGAAUCCAAUGAAUCGAAUCUUCCACCUUAUUAGAGAAUUAGCUGGUGACAAAAAAACUGUUAAAGUGUCAGAUAUUUUGGAACGGUGUACAAGUAAAGGAUUUAAACCUGAUCAAAUUAAUGACUGUAUUGAGGAAUACGAGGCACUGAAUGUGUGGCAAGUGAAUCAAACAAGAACACAAAUUACAUUUAUUUAAUUAUUUUACUACAGUAUAUUUAAUAGG